AUGCCAAUAUCUGAAUUGCCUGGGUUGGUUUGUGAAGACAUUUCAAAUGGUCAGGAGAACUUUCGGAUUCCUGCUACAAAUUUAGUUGAUAAUUCUCCUAUCCCUCCAUCUGUUACUUUCAUUGUCUGUGGGUGGUUGGGCCCGGGGGGUGUUCUUGAGGUAUUCAAGACAAAAUCAAAAGGUUGGGGUGUUAGGACCUGGGACUCUAUUCUUCCUGGGGCCUUAAUUUGCGAGUACACUGGGGUAUUAAGGAGGACUACAGAAGUCGAAGGAUUGUUGGAGAACAACUACAUAUUUGAUAUAGAUUGUCUUCAAACAAUGGAAGGGCUGGAUGGAAGAGAGCAAAGGGCUGGCUCGGAACUGCACAUGGCAUCACUUCAUUCUGAGCAUGACUCGGAGGUGGCAUCUCGAACACCUGAAUAUUGCAUUGAUGCUGGUUCUGUUGGCAACAUUGCAAGGUUCAUAAAUCACAGUUGCCAACCCAAUCUUUUCAUCCAGUGUGUGUUGAGCUCACAUAGGGACAUCAAGCUAGCAAAAGUUAUGCUUUUUGCUGCUGAUACCCGCUUCAGGAGCUCUCGUACGACUACGGGUAUCGGCUGGACAGUGUCACUGGGGCAGAUGGCAAUAUUUGUGAAGCUGGCUUGCCACUGCGGUGCAUCUGAUUGCCGCAAACGACUUUACUAG